AUGGAUGCGACUGCUGCACCCGUCGUUCAGCAAGUUGAAUCGAAUCAGCAACAGACCCAGGAUGAACGUGUGGACGCAGGUUUGCACCAAGAUUCGGAUCGCUUGAGCGGUGAGGAAAAGACACCACAUCCAACCGAAGCCAAAAACGGAAUAUAUACCCCAAACGAUGAUGGACAGCCCGAUGCUCCUGUCGACGUUGAGGCUUCCAAUGGAGGUAUCGGGGUCGACGACUUCCCAGACGGCGGACUGCAAGCUUGGCUUGUGGUGACAAGUGCCUUUCUUGCCCUGUUCUGCUCCUUUGGGUUCAUGGUCGCGAUCGGCACAGUCCAAGAAUACCUCCAGCUCCACCAGCUUUCCGACUACACCUCUCGAGAUAUCGGUUGGAUUCCGUCUGUCUUUGUCUAUCUCUCCCUGGCAGGAGGAAUCUGGGUCGGUCCGAUAUUCGACCGCUAUGGCCCUCGCUGGCUCGCAUUGUUCGGCUCCGUCACUUACGUUGCCAUGAUGUUCCUACUGGCCGAGUGCAGCAAGUACUGGCAUUUUCUGCUCUGUUUAGGCUUUCUUGGUGGUGUUGCCGGCGCCACAUUGACGACGACCAGCAUGGCCGUGGUGAGCCAUUGGUUCAAGAGAAAGCGAGGACUCGCGCACGGGAUUGCCAUGACCGGAUCGAGUUUUGGCGGGCUCGCAAUCCCUCUGAUCUUGCAGAAUACCUUCCCGAGAUACGGGUAUGCCUGGUCGAUCCGAAUUCUGGGCUUCGUUAACCUAGGAUGUAUGAUCAUAAGUAACAUCCUCAUGAAACCGAGAUUACCGCCGUCACCGCAGGCCAAAAAGCAGGCAAUCAUCUCGUUGGGGCUUUUUGGCGACAUGAAGUUUAGCUUGUUCACCAUCACCGUCUUCGGGUUUGAAAUUGUCCUCUUCGGAGCUCUGGGUAUCCUGCCGACGUAUGCGAACUAUGGCGGCAAAUUCCCUCCAGAUACUGGGUUCUAUAUCAUCGCCGUGAUGAAUGGUGUGUCUUGCGCGGGGCGGAUCAUUCCAGGGUAUAUCUCAGACUUCAUCGGACGUUUCAACACGCUCAUGAUCAUGGUCGUCGCCACUUUGAUCUUGAUGUUGGUGCUGUGGCUGCCGUUCGGCCACAGCAGUCUGACCGCAUUGUACGUCUUUUGUGCAUUGUUCGGAUUUGGAACGGGGUCGUGGAUGGCCUUGACGCCUGCUUGCAUUGGGCAAUUGUGCGAGGCGGAGCACUUUGGCCGGUAUUAUGGCACUAUGUAUUUCGUUGCGUCUCUGGCCACCUUGGUCUGCGUGCCGAUUAGUGGCGAGUUGGUGGAAACAGUUGGGCCUCAGAUCAUGGUUGGAUUCAUGUGUGCCGUCCUGGGCCUGUCCCUGAUAACGUUUACUCUGAGUCGAUGGGCUUGCUUGGACUGGAACUGGUCAUGGAAAGCGAAGGUCUGA